GUUCAAGUUUGGUCACUCUCCGUCCAACUCCGUUAAAUUUGUCUGAUGUGGCAGUCAACCCUCAAAGUUGACCGUUAACUCAGUGACGUGGCAAUAAAAAAUAAUUAAUAAAAUAAAUUUUAAUCUUUUAUCAUUUCCAACUCAUUUUCACAAUAAAGUAAAAUAAAUAAAUAAAUAUUAUAAUUAUAAAUUGAAAAUGGGUGAUUCCCUUUUGGUCGGCGGCGCAUUACAAGACGAAGAAGACCGUGGAGGGGAAGAAGGCGGCGGCGAGGGCGGUGAAGGGGCGGCAGAGAUGAAGAAAGAAUUCCCAGAAGAUCUGAUCAAUGACAUCUUGUCGAGGCUUCCGAUCGGCGGUGGACUGGCCGAUUCCGCUGCUUCUGCAAAUCAUGGCGCGCUCUCUUCACAGAUCCCUCCUUCAUCCUGCGAGAUAAAUCUGUGGAUCCUGGUCUUCAAAUCUUGAUCAACUCCAUCAACGACGACGACGAGAGGUCAGUUUACAGUUUGCACUCUGCCGACACACUCGAGCCACUCCUUCCUUCUUCCACUGUCCAGCUGCCCUUCAACGAAGAGAGGCCCCUCGAAGAUGAUUAUCAGAUUUUGAGCCGGUCUAUCAAAAUUAUCCAUCUUCCCAAACCAAACAUCUAUUCCCUUCAGGAGAUCUUUUACCUGCCGUCUCCUCUCCUUUUCAUCCUCUCGAGCUUCCCCUUCAGACGCAGUUCCAACCAUCUAUUCCCCAUCUUCCUUCCUUUAUAUUUCCCUUCCUUCUCAGCUUUCUUCUCAUAAUCACCUAUCCAAUCCCCAGUUCAUCCUCUCGAGUUAUGCCCGGCGUACUCCGCCGCCCUCGCCGCCGCCUUCUUCCUUCCACGGUCUUCUUCGUCUUGUAAUGCGCCGCCGACCAAAAGGGAAUCGCCCCUUUUCAAUUUAUAAUUAUAAUAUUUUUUUUAUUUUUUUAUUUUACUUUAUUGUGAAAAUGAGUUGGAAAUGAUAGAACAUUAAAAUUUAUUUUAUUAAUUAUUUUUUAAUUGCCACGUCACUGAGUUAACGGUCAACUUUGAGGGUUGACUGCCACAUCAGACAAAUUUAACGGAGUUGGAUGGAGAGUGACCAAACUUGAACCAUUUAACUAAUUUGAGUGACCAAGAUUGGAUUUAAAUAUUUUCAGUGACCAAACAUGAACGUUUUUUAUAAUCUCAGUGACCAACCAUGCAAUUAACCCUUUUCUAAAAUAAUACUUUUGUCCCAAAUUGUCUCAUUUUGAGAAUGUUCCAUCCAAACGACCCCUAUAUGAUUUUCAGCUUUGUCUCUAACAUAGAGUCAUUGCAGUAAGUAUGGGGUAGUUGCCAUCAACGUGCCAAGCACCAUAUUAUGAGCUUGCCGUGACUCGUGACUACAUUUUUUUUUAUCUCAACCCGUUACAAUUUUUGCUUUAAUUGAUAGGUUUGACGCUCCCGUUGUCAAAAGAAUUUAUCUCAACCCAUUACAAUUUUUUGCUUUGAUUGAUAGUUUUAACACUCCGGUUGUGAUGAGUAUGAUCACAGAGAACGGAUUUGAAUGCUAAUACCCUUUUUGUUAUUAUGAUUUGUGGUUUAAACAUAGAUCCUGAAUAUUUCCAGUAAGUGUUAGAUUAGAAUGACUUCCAAAUUGUGAAGAUGUAACAUCAAAAUAGUAUGCAAAUGACCAAUAAAAAAAUAGUAUGCAAAUGUCAAUAUAUUAUAGUAAGUGACUAACUGAAAAAGAAAAAAGAAAUGGAAGGGUAAAAG